CGACCAAUAGCAAAGAUGAAGGGAGGUGACGUCAACGUGGCUAGCAUACCACCGCUGUAUGCCUGUAAACUUGUCCCAGCAGGCGUAAGAAGAAACCGUAAAAGAAAGAAGAUGGCGAGAGGCGGCCGCAGCUUACGCAGAGUAGCAGAGUAUCUGAAGCAGUUACCGAGCACAGGGAGCCGGGAAAUCCAGGCCAGGAAUAAUGUCAGAUACCUGUCGUCAUGUGGCAUCCUGAUGACGCGCGUGCCUCCUCUGCUGGGCGGAGCCAUGUCCGGUCGGCCCAUCGUCCUGCCGACACGCAGCUUCUUCAACCUCACUGGCUCCCUCUCCAAGAGGAAGGAGUAUUCAGAAAGACGCAUCAUUGGGUAUUCCAUGCAGGAAAUCUAUGACGUUGUGGCGGAGGUGGAAAACUACCGCCACUUCGUUCCCUGGUGUAAGAAGUCGGACGUUGUGUUCAGGCGCUCCGGGUUCUGCAAGGCCAAGCUGAUGGUGGGCUUCCCCCCCGUGGUGGAGAACUACACCUCCCUCGUCACGACGGUGCGACCCCACCUGGUCAAGGCGUCCUGUUCAGACGGGAAGCUGUUCAACCACCUGGAGACGGUGUGGCGUUUCAGCCCGGGCCUCCCUGGUUACCCUCGGACCUGCACUGUGGAUUUCGCUAUCUCCUUCGAGUUCCGCUCCCUCCUCCACUCCCAGCUCGCCAACGUCUUCUUCGACGAGGUGGUGAAGCAGAUGGUGUCGGCGUUCGAGCGCCGCGCCUCCACGAUACACGGCGCCGAGACGCCCAUCCCCCGUGAGCUGAUGUUCCACGAGGUCCACCACACGUAGCACCCGCCGCCGACCUCCCACCCCCGUGGCCCCGCCCAUCAGCUUCACACGACAACACAAGCGAAACACGACGCCAAAGAGCCAGAGGACCGCCGCCCCGCGCAGUGCCUUUCCCACAGCAGCGAAGAACCUGUCAGGAAGCGGCUGCCAGCCGUAACCAUAGAGACGGAGCAGCCCGCUCGUUUUUAAAAAGAAUAUCUGCAACUCCGUUUAAACCGUAAUGCUGUCACGUCUGACGAAGCACAUCAGGAAAUCCAGCUGGAGCCACGGAAUGGCUAGCAUUUUAGCGUUAGCAUUUCAUAAAACUUUUCACUGAUCGCCAGCUGUUUGUUGAACACUUUUCUACAUGAAGUGGCCUUCUUCCAAGUGAGCCUUUUCUGGUUCCAGCGCGUCGAACCGGAGGAUUUGUUGCUUGUCUUUGUCAAAUCGGAUUGUGAAAGUCUCCGUUAGAGGAGUUCUGAAUAAAUCAACUCGUUGAGAGAAGUUGCACUGAGCGACGCUAGCCGGGCGUUGGGAUUGGUCUGAUCGAUUGGUUUUUAGGGAAGUUUUUCUAUAGUUCACUAUGAAGCAUUUUCUAACCUCUAUUUAUAUGGAAAUACAAAGAGGAGCAUUAGAACGUAUUAGAACAUAAAGAAGCUAAAUCUAAGAGAUGUAAAGCAAAAGUGAUGAAUAUAAAUCUAAUAUAGUAAGCUAACAUAUUAUAGAAACUAUGUAGAAGGAGAGCUCCCUAUGGGAGACAUGCCAGUUGGUACUGAUGCUUGUAAAACAGGGGUGUCCAACGUGAGGCCGGGGGGCCAUUUGUCGCCCUUGAAAUGCUUCUGUUUGGCCGAAUGGAGAAAAUUCAUGACUUCUUGACAAUUGAUAAUGAAAUCAAAUCAUUGAUUGAUUGAAUGGAAAAUAUGGAAAAAUGUGGAAGUUAUUACUUUGAAUAAAGCAACAGUCCAAAGUCCUUUUAAUGUUUUAGAUAUUUUAAUGAUAUACAAAUAAAAAACAAAUUGUGUUGUUGAGCUAGUGAAACCAAAACUAAAAAUGACAAAGCAGUUUUUUCAUUUCUGAUUGAAUGUUUAAAUUUGCCAGUUUUGGUCCCCCGAGGGCAAAAGUUUGGACACCCCUGUUGUAAAAAGAUCAAUGAUUUAUAGAGGCGAGCUGAAGGGGAGCUGCAUCAGCAGGGUCCAGGUGAGGCGUUCAGGUGCCUCAGGAAUCUGGACGCUCCUCUGUGGUCGCUUCAACUUUAAAGGGCACAAAAACAAAAUGUGAUCCCACAGGUCACGCAGUCAGAACACGACUCAUAUACUGUACCGUCAGGUCGCUAUGGAAACGGUUAUUUCACUUUUACGUUCCCCCUAACGUAGCGUUGCGUUUGAAUAAAUAAAUAAAGGUAAAAUUACGUAGUUAGACCAAGCGAGGUCUGACAUUUUGGACAUAAUUCAAACAUUUUCUGACCAGUAGUUUUCAAAAACUGUCCUCCAGACUGCUCAGAUUAUAAGUUAUUCUUUCCAUUAUUUAUCUGAAAAUAUUUUUGAGUUUUGACUUUUUUUUUGCUGUCACCAAUAUAUGAUGGCAUAUUAAGGGCAUUGUAUAGUUAAUAAAAAAAACACACAGGAAUUUUGAGAUCAAUCUCAAAUGUUCUAGAAAAGAACUUGGAAAUUUCUAAGUUUGAAAAGUCGAAAAUUUUUAACUUUUAGAACUCAGAAAAUGUCUGAGACUAAUCUAAAAAAUUCCAGCGUUCAUUAGUAAAUUUAUUUCUCCCCCCCUUUCUCUCUUCUACCUACAAUGGUCCUAAUAUCUUGUCUCACUAAUGAUGGCAGAUAUUUAUCUUUUUUCAGUAGCUCGACUCCCAAAAUCAGGUUUUAUUUUUACACAUAUUCUACUCAUCAGGAGCUCAUCAGUGCAGUUUCAGUAUUUGAUCAUUAAUCUCAGUGGGUCAUGGGGAAAACGGAGCGAUUCCGUUCUCAGAUGGGGGGGAUGGGUCCGCGUCCUGGGACCCGGUUCAGACCGGUCCGGAUGUUUCCAGCUCACCUCAUGUUGGCUGCUGUUUGCUCAGCCUCCAUGAACCAGCCAGAUGUUCAAGGCUGCGGCGCCUUUAGUCUGGCUCAGCUCGGUAAACAGAGACACGCUCUCAUUAACCUCUGCUCCUCCACGCUUCCAGCUUCCAUUGAUGUCUGGAACUGAUCAGAUGACGAACCAUGUGUGCUAUUAAUAUUAUUCAAUCAGGAGACGCUUGGUGUAUGUUUUCAGAAUGAUUCACAUCAGUAUUAUUGGGACAGUUUGUGUGAAGUUGAUUCAAAAGGGAUGAAACUGAGGAAGGGAAGCCAGAUAUGAGACUCAAGCUGCUCUCAAAUUAAAGUUGCAGUAUCUAACUUUUUUUUUUUUUUUUUUUUUUUAAAAAGCGUUUUACAUAUUUGUUAAAAUUAGUAUGAGUCAGAUAAUCUGAGAAAAGAUCUUAUCCACGUCCUUCCUGAGCUGCUACUGCUGACUGAAGAAAUGCUUCACUCCUGACCAAAAACAACCAAUCAGAGCCCGGAGGAGGGGCUUAGUGCUGUCAGUCAAACUUGUGAAUGUUCUGCUACAUGUGCUAAUGUCAGAGAACUGUUUAUCCACCGUCAUUGGUGGGUAUGCUAUCUAACCUUAGCAUUGAGGACAACCUCUGACAUUGAAGUGUGGCAGAGAAUGGAGUGAUGGGGUGAGUUUUGCGCAUGAUUGACGGCACUAAGUCCCGCCUCCUUUCUCUGUUUGGUUGUUUCUGGUUAGCACUGGGAGAAGACGGAGGAUAUUGAUUGAUUUCUUUUCUCCAGAGAUUGUCUCUCGUACUGUACUGCCACAACAUGGUGACAGUUUCAUGUAACUUAUAAAAUUAUUCCAGCUUUAAUGACUAAACGGAAGCAUAAAGGAACAAAACGAUUAAUGUUCAUUAGAUUUGGAAGUUUGAUUCCGUGGUCGGCCCGAACGUCCCAACAGGAAGUUGUUUCCAUGACAGUCUCAACUGUCCUGCCCACUCUGUGCCUCCAGGCCUGCUGGCUGCAUAUUUAUCUCCAGUGUAAAGGAACAUCAUGGUCAUUAUCUCCUAUUUAUUAUUUAGUUUUACUGAUAAAUGGUCGUCUGUUUUACUUGUAGCUGAUGGUUAACAUUUACACAAUGCAAACAUUUCAAUCCUGAAAGGUAUCUUUUUUUUUUUUUUUUUUUUUUUUUUUUGCACAGCAAUGUUAUCAUCUCCUCUUUGUCAGUUUAUUUUUUUUAUUUUUAUGAUCGCCUUCAUUGCUUUAUUCAGUUUUAUUGUGGCUGGUUGUAAAUGUUAACUCAGGCAGCUUCAAGUGUCAGUUUGUAAAUAUUAGUUUGAACAUCUGAGGAAGCUGUACUCUGCUUUUUAGAAGAGGAUGGAGACUGGUGUGUGUGUGUUUGUUUUUUUUUUCUGGAAAGGUCUUUGUGUGAUAAUGAUGUCUGUGUUUUCAAAGUCUUCAGACGAUGUACCAACUGCAUGAUGUAUAAAGUACUUUUUUUUCUAAAAAACAAA